AUGUCUCCCCCUCGUCGCUCUCAAUCUACUACCAUGAAGCAGCUAAUACUCUUCGACCAGCCUUUGCUCACACCGUCACCCCACCGCAGCACCGGCAAGCCUGUCUUUCUACCACAUGCUGAGCUCGGCGGCCAGAACAGCACGGACGAUAUCUUUCUUCAUUCUCCCUUCCAGACCCCUGCCAAGAUGCAGAAGCCUCGUCAGGAAUGGGAUGAGGAUGAGACCCUCGUCUUCAAGACUGCACGGCCAUUGCCCACCCCAGCGAGGCAGCCACCAGCUCGUUCGGCUCUGGCAGCGAAACAACUUAACGCUACAAUUGCUCAUCCACCCAGUCGCGUAGGCGCUGGGACAAAACGCAAGACCACAACCAGUGCUACUCCACUACGACCUAAUACCCUCACCCCACUCGUCGUCACCUCGUCCAAGCCCUUUGGUCCUAGUGGCAUGUCAUUUGACCGCCUGGGACCGCUGCCACCUCCCAAGUUUGGUCCUCGGACACCACGAACGGGCACAGAAGCGGACGCAUCGUUGCGCAACCAAACUACUACAUUCACCCGCUUGAAGAUUUCAGAUAUGAAUCAGUCUGACGAUGACGACGAUUCCGGCUGUGACAUUUCGGAGCCGCCAACAGGGCCGCUGUUUGGUGGGAACCACCCACCCAAUCAGACCGGAAGAGACAACCGCCGUCUGAUGAAUGCUAAGCAAGAGGAAGUGAUAGAGGCGGUCUCUCCUGGAGGCCAUAUUACCAAAAGACGAGCGAGAUCACGUCCAGUCUCCGACGAGCUUCUUGAAAGCGUCUUUCAUUCCCCUUCACCAGUGGAACGUCCUUCGACUAGAGGCCAGGUGGCAUUCCCUCCUGCUGCCCACCAUGCACGGAAGUCGCCGAAUUCAUCUGCCUCCAAAGCGCCUUCUCCGUUACCUCGACGGCGUGUACCCGCCAACACUCCCAAGAGCCCCACCCCCGUCCAUGCCCGGGGCCCGCUGGCGCGUGUGGAUUCAGCCACUCUGUUUUUUGGACCCUCCGUUCCUCAAUCACGUUCGAGGACGACCACGUUGUCCUCGGCUUCAUCUCGCGAGCGAUUCAUCGUCCCUCGUCCUCCCGCUAGCAACAGGCAUAGUUACGCGGGAUCUGACGGCAAGGAGUGGAAUUUCCUUCAAGCGCGACCUACUUUGCCAUCACCUCAGUCCUCCCCUGCUUCUCAUAAUAUCCGAGAAAUCCACUACGACAGCACAGAUGAAGAGGACGACAUGCUUUGCGAAGGUCCCCGAGAUUCGUCUUUCCUCCUCAGUAUCGAUACCCCUUCUCCGAGGCAUACUGACGCGGUCAUCCCCUCCAAGUUCAAACCAAAUAGAGAUUCCGGCGUCGUCGUCAGCGAUGAUGAAAUUUCAAUGAACAGUAGUGCCAGCGGUGAUCAUGUACCACAGGCAUCUACGAGCGUCAGUUCUAUCUUCUCUGAUGAUGAACAUGGUCUUCUCACUCCUGGCCUCUGCCCUCCCGCUUCCGCCGGUUGGCCAGGAGUUUACGAAGCCGAUGAUCACCAUGAUGAUGAUAACCAACAGAGAAGCGACGUCGACGCAUUCAUCAAGCGUACGCUGGCAGCCCCUUCGAAGGCACCGUCCGAAGUCAAGAAGGUACCCAACACUCCUGUCAAGAAAGUCAAGACUAGCUACCUGUCUGGCGACAGGCCAUGGCAGAGCGCGGUAGCACACAGAGUUGGUCUUGGUAUCGAUUGGGAGAUGAAGCAAGCCAAGGUACCACGGAAGAGUCUACCUUUAGGAUUUCCUCCGCCAGGGAGGAAACACAGAAAGUCUUUCCUGGAUCCGAGUACCGACUCUGAAGAUGACCCUGAGGACAGUCCGAGCACCCGGAAGGAGAAAGAAAGAUACGGCGGUUUGGGCAUGGGACGACCAUCUCUGCCUACACCUAAAGAAGACUUGCCGGCUGUUCCCAAAUCUCGAUGGCUGUCACGAAGAACCAGCAGUGGUACAUUUUCUAGCGGGAGUGACUCUAUGUCAAUGAUGGGUACUCCAACAAGAAAUCAAACCCAAGAAUAUCCUCGCAGGAAAGCCGUGAAACACACUCCUGGUUCUACGUCCAGCUCUUCCUUGAACUCUGUUCUCUCCUCACCUACUACUGCUCGUGUCCAGCCCUCAGCUGGGCAACGACGGCCUCCCGUUCCGAGAAAAAGUUAUCCGGCGCGCCCAUCCCUGACAUCGUCACAGGAUUCGGGACGUUUUGACCGCGACUUCGUUGAACUGGAGGAAAUUGGUAGCGGGGAAUUCGGUAGGGUUAUCAAGGUGCAUUCAAAAGCAGAAGACGAUUGCGAAACCUAUGCUAUAAAGAAAUCCAAGACGUUUGAGGGCGUCAAACAUCGACACCGAUUGAGAGAAGAAGUUGAUAUUCUGCGCCACCUCCGUUUGGCCAAUGGUGGACAGCGACAUCCAAAUGUAUUGGCCUUUGUGGAUAGCUGGGAAGAGGAUGAAGCACUUUUCAUCCAAACAGAAUUAUGUGAUCUGGGCAAUUUAGCCCAUUUCUUGUGGGAGUACGGACGCCAAUACCCUCGGCUUGAAGAGGCCAGAGUUUGGAAGAUUAUUGCCGACCUGAGUAACGGUCUUAAGUUUAUUCAUACCGCUGGUGUCAUUCACCUGGACAUCAAGCCAGCAAACAUUUUUGUCACAUCCGAUGGACGUUUUAAGAUUGGAGACUUUGGUAUGGCGUCUUUGUGGCCUCGGCCUCCGCAGGAGACCUACUUUGGUCCUACUGCUUUCGAGCGGGAGGGUGAUAAACUUUAUCUGGCACCUGAAGUAUUGCAAGGGAAGUACGGCAAGGCGGCAGAUAUCUUCAGUUUUGGCAUGACAAUGUUGGAGACAGCAGCAAAUAUUGUAGUACCUGACCAAGGCGAACCCUGGCAUCGGUUGAGGCGAGAAGAUUUCUCACAAGUAGACUUGGACGAUAGCCCCGAACUGUUGGAGCUCAUCCAGCAGAUGAUGCGGACCGAUCCAGCUCUGCGUAUUGGGAUACAAGCUAUCUAUUCUCAUCCCGUGGUAUCUCGAGCACGUAUGAAUAUGGAAAUGCUGUAUAAUGUCGCAAUCAGGGACGGUACAUCCUUGUUCGCGGCAUCCCCUCUAGCCAGUGUCUCGUCAGAUUUCUUGGAAGAGAUACUAGGACAUACGGUUGGUAGCGGUGCUAUGGACCUUAGUCCAUGA